CAAUGUUAGCAGUUCUGUUCGCGCGCUCGGUGUGGUAAUACGUGCUAAUAAGAUUCUUGAGCGAGUCUUACAACAGGAUUUUUGUUUACUACUUGGUGCUGUCUGACAAAUAAAUAUCAACAUGCUCAACUAAAUUGAAAGGCAAUUACUAGGAUUUGUUCGAAAGCGCGUGGCUAAAAGACAAGUUGUGCAAAUUUAAUGUCGUCAGUCGCGUUAUUGUGCCGAAAUUGUUUAAAGCUCAGCUCGCUCAGCUCAUGGCGCCAGGCUAACGUUAGAGCCACCCUACCAACAAUAACAACAACAUCAGCAGCAGCACCAAUACGGCUACUCCAUAGCUCAAAAGCUGUCAUCCGUUUGCAACAAUAUCCAAGCCAAAGAGUGCGUUUGUAUCAAACCUUUCGCGUAAUGGACACUCCACCCCACGUCUUCCGCGGCGUAGUUGAUCGUUUCAAAGGCGUCACCGUGGAUAGCCAGGAGGAGGCGCUAGCUGGCAAUGCGCAAUUCCAGGAGAAGCUAGAAAAGUCUUUGGCUUUUUGGACUACGAACGCCAACCGCGCGAUUUGGUUUCGUGUGCACAAGCCGCAGGCCAGCUGGGUGCCCAUUCUAACCGACUCUGGGUUUGAUUUUCAUCACACACGUAAUGGUGCUGUCAUCAUGUACCGUUGGCUGCCAACACACGAGUCCAGCAACUUACCGCAUUAUGCUCACACACUGCUGGGCGUCGGGGGAUUAGUGGUGAAUGAUCAGCAGCAAGUGCUGGUCGUCUCUGAUCGCUAUGCCAUGAUACCCAAUAGCUGGAAGCUACCUGGCGGCUAUGUAGAGCCCCGUGAGAAUUUUAUAGAUGCGGCCAUACGCGAAGUGCAGGAGGAGACCGGCAUUUGCACCACCUUCCAGUCGGUCAUCUGUCUACGGCAUACGCAUGGCGGUAAUUUUGGCUGCUCAGAUAUUUAUAUGGUCAUCAGCCUCAAGCCGCUCAAUCUGGACUUUCAGCGCUGUGAACGUGAAAUCAUGCGUGUCCAGUGGAUGCCUGUCGAGGAGUUCUUGCAGCAUCCACAAGUGCAUGAGACGAAUCGUCACUUUAUGCGCACCUAUCUGGAUUAUCAGCAGCGUGGUCUGACGCUAACCUGUCGCCAGGGCGUGCAUCAAAUACUGAAAAAGGAAUUCAAUUUGUAUUUUAUUGACGAGGCUAAAGACGGUUCUGAGGCCAAUCAAGUGCCUGGUUAAUAAUGCAAUUACUUGCAUAAUUCCAUAGUGUUUAUUUUGUAAAUAGCCUUCCGCACAAAUCAGCAAAUGUGUAUAUAAAUUAGUAGCUAAUUUUUUUGUAGUGCAAUUUCUAUGUUUUCCAUGUGGCGCCAAUAAACGAAACAAAA